CUUCAAUUGUCGCGAAAGUGUCACAGAAAAAUUUGUUUUGAAGACGCUGUUUUGUUUUGUGCUGAGUUUUCCAGGAUUUUAUUAUUGAAUAAUGUCUUCAGAAGUUUCAUUUAAAAAGCUGAUUGUCAAGAACAAAGGGGCGAGGAAAAGGAAACAGUCCACGUCAAGUUCAGGCUCCGGAAGUGACCAGGAAAGUGCAGUGGUGAGAGGAAAUUCCCGAGCAACUAAGAGCAAUCCGAAUAUUCAUAAAUCCUCAGGAAUAAAGGCAAAGAAAAUUGAGCAUAAAGAUUCCAGUUCAGAAGAUGACGAUGCUGCAAUUGUCAGCUACAAGUCCAAUAGGAGUGCAAUGCCCUUGGGCCCCACAGAUCAAGGAGCAACAGCCACGGUGGAAAUAGACACGGAGAAGGAUCGUGAUGCUCAGGCAAUCUUCGAGAAGAGUCAGGAGAUCAAUGAUGAGCUCCGAGGGAAAGCUGAUGACAAAGUCUACCGCGGUGUCAACAAUUACACUCAGUACUACAAGAAGAAGGACACAGCCAUGGGAAAUGCCAGUUCAGGAAUGGUGAGGAAGGGUCCUAUCAGAGCUCCAGCGCACUUGAGGGCAACCGUCAGAUGGGACUACCAGCCGGAUAUCUGCAAGGACUACAAGGAAACUGGAUUCUGUGGCUUCGGAGACAGCUGCAAGUUCCUGCACGAUCGCAGUGACUACAAACACGGCUGGCAGCUGGAGAUGGAAGGCACCAGCAAACGCAAUGAUUCUGGAGAUGAAGAUGAUUCCAAGUAUGAGAUUCAUUCAGACGAGGAAGAUCUUCCCUUCAAGUGCAUCAUCUGCAGAGAGAGUUUUACAGAUCCCAUCGUCACAAAAUGCAAGCACUACUUCUGCGAGAAAUGUGCCCUGGCUCACUACAAAAAGACUUCCAGAUGCUACGUCUGUGGAGCUCAAACCAAUGGAAUGUUUAAUCCAGCUACUCAGCUGAUAAACAAACUCAAACUCGAGGAAUCCAAGAAUUGUGCCACUGAUGAUUCUGAUUGAGCAAAAAAAACUCAGGAAAGCAAGUUGAGAAUAUUGUCUGGAGCUCUAGCGAAAGUUUACAAAUUAUUGUAAAGUUUGUUGUCUAAUUUCAAAUUAAAUUGUGAAGUCAAAUUA